CUUAUCGUAAACAUGGCGCUGGCAUUUUUGUGAAUGAUCCUCGAUGGCUAGGCAGUUCCUUGCCCUGGGUGUCUGAAACAAAAUGUCGAAUAAUUCAAGGGGAUCGAAUUAUCAGAUAGAAUUUUGGGGGAACUUUUCCUGGGAUGAAUACCUGAAGGAUAAUAAUGCAAAACCAGCACCACAGGAAUGCUUCAAACAGUCCGCAACCCCAGUGGUCAACAAGUUCAAGCUGGGGAUGAAACUAGAAGCACAUGACCCAAGAAACUUGACGUCAACGUGCAUUGCUACCGUUGUUGGCAUUCUGGGCCCACGGCUUAGAUUACGACUCGAUGGAAGCGAUAAUAAAAAUGAUUUUUGGCGAUUGGUCGAUUCCAAUGACUUGCAUCCAAUUGGCCAGUGUGAGAAAAAGGGCGGUCUUCUUCAGCCUCCAUUGGGAUUCAAAUUGAACCCGUCCUCCUGGCCGGUGUUUUUGCAACGAACGCUAAACGGAGCAAAUACAUGUAUUGCACAAGAAACUUGUUUUCGGAAGGAACCUCCCACACCAAAGAAAAACGUAUUCAGUGAGGGUUUAAAACUUGAAGCGGUGGAUCGCAAGAAUCCUCAUCUCAUAUGCCCGGCAACUGUUGGUGAAAUCAACAAAGAUCAAAUCCAUGUGACGUUUGACGGUUGGCGAGGAGCGUUCGAUUACUGGUGUCGUUUCGACAGUCGGGAUAUUUUUCCGGUCGGGUGGUGUGCGAGGAACGGUCACCCGUUACAGCCUCCUGGACAGAAAGGCCUACCUCAGUACAAAGUGAACAAACUCCUGAAGAAUCCUGGUCUGACGUUGAAUGUCCCCUCACACACAGCCAGUUCCCCAAGUCAUACAAGUCCCAGCCAAAUGACAGUACUGACAGGGUCGCCAGCCCCAGUAGACAAAGCCCGGGGAAGUCCGCCAGGGGUUCGAGGGAGUCCGUCAGGGGCCCGAGGGAGUCCGCCAGGGGCCCGAGGGAGUCCGCCAGGGGCUCGAGGAAGUCCACCAGGGGCUCGAGGGAGCCCACCAGGGGGUUAUGUGGAAGUAUCUGAACCAGACGUCACUUCCACCACACCACCACAUGCAAGUAAUACAGUUUGUGUGCAUACCAAUUCCCACUGCGCAUGUCAUGCGUACCUGAACGCGCGGAAGGUUGAGUUUCUGCCGUGCCAGUUUGGUCCGGGGCCUAUAAUGCGAGUAUUGAGACAGGUCAUCCAGGCCUGUAUAGAUGCUGCUGUUCAAGAUAAAACAGUAUUCCACCGAGUGACCGAUGGCUCAAGUAGGACUCAUGUUGCUGUGACAUAUGGUGGCAAGACCCACACUCGGCACCUCCCGCACAUUGAUAAAGUCUCAGUAUUCUGGAACUAUUUGGAGGAAUUCCUUGAGGCAAUAUGCAGUGAAAAUCUGUUUUCUAGUCAACCCAUAUCUGCCGAGUCUCAUAUUCCCAAGUUAACACUGAAGAUUGGUGCUCCCAAAGAUGAAGACGAUGUUCCUUUGGCCGAGUUGCGUUCACAUCCCGGCCCCAGUCAUACAGUCUCCACACCACACACACCCCACACUCCGCACACGCCACACACACCAAUGCAUUCACCACACAAUAGUUCACAGAGUCACUCACAGAUGUCACCAUCAUCGGCGGGUGGGAAGCGGCGAUGGUCAACAGAAUCCGUUGGCGACGCUCAUUCAAGGGUAUAUAGGGUACCGAAGACGCCAAGAAGGUCAUCUGCAUUUGAAGCUGAAGCAAGUUCCACAACUUUAGAUCUUCGACCAAAACUGCCUGAUGAUCCAGGAGAUUGGACCAUUGAUGAAGUGAUACGCCACGUAACGGAAACCGACCCGGGAUUAUCUGCACACUUGGAUCUAUUCAAGAAACACGAGAUUGACGGAAAGGCCUUACUUUUACUAAAGAGUGAUAUGAUGAUGAAGUACAUGGGACUAAAGCUUGGACCUGCCCUCAAAUUCUGCCACAUAAUUGAGAAGCUGAAAGCCAGAAAGUUCUAAGUUUGGAGCAAUAUUAUGAGAGUGGAUGUACAUAUUGAAUUUUAUAUAUUAUUUUAAAGCUGACUGCUAAAAGGAAAGGUUAUUCCAGAUACAUGUGUAUGUUGUGUCUCCCCUUCUUUGGAAUCCAGUCAGAUUUCAAUGGUACAGACUUUCCUAAUCGGAUCUUUGAAAGAUACUUGAUUUUAGUGGGUGCUGUUGAUGUAUUGAGCUGCAUGGUUGUCGGUACAGCACACGGGACGUAUUUACUGGGCAUUAGGGAGUUGGAAAGCACUCUCUUGAAUAUGACACUCUUGGGUCUCUGCAAAGCUACGUACGUGUAAACAUUCCUUUGACGGUUGAAUACUGCUUGCAGUUGAAACACUAUUAGCAGUUGAAUGCUGUUAACAAUUGUGCCCUUCAGACGAAAAACGAUGUACGUAUGCAUCAGUUUCUUAGUCUUGAGAUGUCGAAAAAAUACUUGGUGACAUUUCAAACCAUUUUCAUCAAAGACGACUUUCAAAAUCAGUAACUACUUUUCGAUAAUGUUUGUAUUUCAUGAAUAAGCAAGAAAUCUAAAAGCUUACACAGGGUUUAUUUGUCGCUAGGGCACAAUUGAAUAUCAAUUACUAUCGAUUACUUUUUACAGUAACUACUGUAGAUGUCUCUGUUUGUUCUUGUGCACCUGUUAAACUAGUAGACCGACACUUCGUUGGUUACAUGUCAAUGUAUGUUUUCCCAUAAAAUGGGCAGGUUUUGUGUGUGUUUUGUAUUUUGGAGGAUACAGUGCAUGCCAGGCAAUUUUUAUAGUUUUUAUGUGGGCUGAUUUUUGUGUGCGCUGAGAUUUGAGAGAGAAGUAAAAACCUUCACCAUUUAAUGUUUUAAUAUCUUGUGUUGUGGAAAUUGUGCUGUUUACUUCUCAGUUUUCUCAUACAAUUCAUUAUCAAGGAUUGAUGAAAACUAAAAAUUUUGAACAUAGUGCACAUAGUUUCAUUCCUUUCUACCAAAGUCUCUACAUCUCUAUGUUGUGCUUAUCAUUCGACUGUUGCUACACUUUUGGGAUGUUUUAGAACCUUUUUUCCACAAUAAUGUGAUAUAUUUGGAGAGAUGUUGUGGCAGGCUGUAAGUGAAUACUGCAGCCGACUGAUAUGCUGAGGACUUCGCAUGGAAUGCAACAAUGAUGGACACCGUCAUUUUGACACUUGUUUCCUCCAGAACAUUGUUGAAAUAAGGUUAUUUUCUUUUCAAACAUUGCUUAAGCCUACACCGCAUGAAAUAUUUGGUGAAAUUUGCCAAUUUUGGUGCUAUUUUAUAGUUAAGAGGGUAAGCAAUCAUUUUAAUUGUUGCUUUCAAAGACUUCCUUCUCAAAAAUAUAAAUCUGAUGACAGUUGAUACUUCAGUUUAGAGGUAGGAAGAAACUAGGCUGUUGGAGAGGGUCACCCUGUUCACAUGAGCUGAGCUAGCAAUUCGAACAAUGUUCACUGGGGUACUUCUCUGACAGCUCAAAGUGAGUAGCACUUUCCAGAAAAAGAAUGCUUGUUUUCUAUUUUUGAGAAGGGGUUUAUUACAGCCAUGAAACCUGAGUGUGCAGAUCACCAGUUAAUUGGAAUUUCAAGGAACACAUUUUAUUUGGUUCUGGGGAUAUGUACAGAAGCAUGUACUUGUAUGACACCAAGUUGGUGUCAGUCUGAGAGUCACAUAAGCAAGGUUCGACAUAUUUUUUUGUAAUUUUUUGCAAGUUGUACAUAUAAGUAUAUAAAUGUUAUUCAUGUCUGUCGAGAGUAUAUACUUUGUGCAUGUACAUGUCCUCUGAAAUGUAUUGUCAUAUGUGCAUGUUACCGGUACAUGAGUUAAGCAUGUUAAGGCAGGUAUGAGCAGGGUUCUGGGUUGUAAAUAUGGAGUGAAGUCGUCAUGUUUAGUUUGAGGGCCAUUUGUGGCAGAUUUGUUCUGAGGUACUAUGCCCCUCACUUGAGCAAUUCACAUAAUUUUCAGGCAAGUCACAUAUGUAUGUCUGUGGCCUCUUAAAGUACCAUGUAUGUAAAGUGCUGUGUACAGUUUUUGGGAGUCCUGUGGUUUACAAUAAUUAUUGUAUGUUAAUGUGUGCAAUUAGCCAGUUUGAAGUGGCAUGUACAUACUUUGAUACAGUGGUACAGUUCACACUUGGUGGUCAUCAAUUUCAUUCAUUUCAUUUCAAAAACAUUCUGUUGAUAUUGUACAGCACCACAUGUACAUGCAAAGUCUUUACGUGCAUGUGAAGGGAGAAUACUCAGUAAUCACACGUUUUGGCCCCCCCCCUUCCCCCUACAUAUACAUAGUAUAGUCAAGUCAUUGUGCAAUCCAAGAUUGGUCCCAGGAAGUGAAUGGCGUGGAGGUAACCGUAUCGGCUAACAGUGAAAACUGUUUGCCGGGCCGACCAGUGUAUUGUAAAUUGAGUGAGUUAUCCCUGUGUUUUCCUUUAGAGCUGGCCUCUUUAACAGUUGUUUGGUUUUCUUUAUGACCAGGUUUCACUUCCUAAGAUCUUUGUUACUAUGAAAUGAACCCAAAAACAGUGUACUGUUUUCUGUUUCCUAUUCUGUUUUUAUUCUGUUACAUUUGUACUUACUGUAUCUGUUCCAAGCCACCGUAGGGGGGCUGUCCGUAAGUCCUGAAUAAUACUGUUUGAAAACAUCUUGUUGUAAUAUGGCCUUUUCAGUUGUAUUGACGAAAGCAGGCACACAGGCUGGUAAUGGGGGUGGGAAGUUUGAAAAUGUAAAUUUUGUCCAUGUCUCUUGUCCUACUUUAAAAGUCCCUGUGGAAAAAUUUAGUCCCAAAUGAAUAAUCCUAGUUCCAAAUUAGACUGUGUACAUGGUUUACAAUGCGUUCAUAGUUCACACACUCUGCAAUCAUGAUAGGUUUUUUUCAAUGUAGCUACAAUCAUGAUAAUUUAGGAUAAGCACAGCAUUUCAAAGUUACAUUUUAUUACCAAUCAUGUUCACUACUGUACAUUCUUUAGUUCUGUUAGAUAAAUGUACACUAAACCAACAAAGUGA